AUGGUCGCAUUCACUUCAAUUACUCAAGGUGUCUUCUUGCUCUCCUUCAUGAUGCUCGGUAUUUCCGAGGCAGCACCUGCUAGCAGCACAUCUUCUGCAUCUACAGCCCCACACUUAAAUGGAACAACUACUGAUAACUUCACUUUCCCUCCCAUUAUCUCCAGCCGUACUCAACCUGUAUCUGAUCCUGUAUUUGCCGGUAAUCUUAACGCUGAGGCUGAGAGCAUCGAAAAGAAUAAAAAAUGGUUUAUUGAACAUGGCGGUAACUUUAACAAUAUUACGAAGCGUGAUUCAAACUCUGUCGGUGGUAUGACAAUGGAUCUUCCUAAAAAUGUGCCUCCUAUGCCUGCCGCCAUUAGCAUUUCAUCUCCUAAUUCUGAUUCUGACUCAGGAAAUGCUGCAUCUGUGGUUUCUGCAACUUCUGCUCAAAUAACCAAGUUCAAGUUCCAUGCUGCCCUUGCUGCCACUGCCUAUUGCCGUAGUGUUGUUCCAAUUGGUAGCUGGAAUUGUGCCAAUUGUUUAAAGUAUGUUCCUGAUGGUAAGCUUCUUGUCACUUUCAGCUCUCUUCUUGCCGACACCAAUGGCUUUGUUUUGAAAAGUGAUGCUCAAAAGACUAUUCAUCUCGUUUUCCGUGGAACUAACUCUAUCCGCAGUGCUAUCACCGAUUUAAUUUUCGACUUUACCAACUACGCUCCUGUUAAAGGCGCAAAAGUUCAUAAGGGUUUCUUGGCUUCUUACAACGAGGUUGUUAAUACUUUUUUCCCUAUUCUCCAAGCUCAAAUUACUGCUAAUCCUAGCUAUAAAGUAGAAAUUUCGGGCCAUUCUCUUGGUGGCGCACAAGCUUUGCUUGCUGGUAUGGAUCUUUAUCAACGUGAUAAGAGACUCACAUCUAAAAAUCUGAGCAUUUAUACUGUUGGAUGCCCUCGAGUAGGUAACCCCGAGUUCGCUUACUACGUUGAUUCUACUGGUAUCCCCUUUUCUCGUUCUGUCAACAAGAGAGAUAUUGUUCCUCAUGUUCCUCCUCAAUCAUUCGGUUUUCUUCAUCCUGGUGUUGAAGCCUGGGACAGAUCUUCAUCUAAUGUCCAAAUCUGCAGUGCCAACAUCGAAACAAAGUACUGUUCUAACUCGAUUGUACCUUUUACCACUAUCAGCGAUCACUUAACUUACUACGACAUCAACGAAGGCCUCUGUCUAUAA